CCUGCACAGCACUUAUAUAAAUACCUGCUUUCCCUUUCUUCUUCUUCUUCACUCAUUUCUUACCAUUGUCCAAUUUUAGAAGAGCAAAGCAAACUGAACAAUUUGAUUCAGUUUCCAUGGCGCUGAUCAUAAGCUUAGCGAGAGUCAAACUCUGUUCUCUGCUAUAUUUCGCCGCUGCUUCUCUCUUCGCCAUUGUUAGGGCUGAAGAUCCUUACAGGUUCUUUGACUGGAAUGUCACUUAUGGUGACAUUUACCCGCUCGGUGUUCGCCAACAGGGAAUCCUUAUCAAUGGACAAUUUCCAGGACCAGAUAUUCAUUCGGUUACUAAUGACAAUCUCAUUAUCAAUGUUUACAAUAGCUUGGACGAGCCUUUUCUCCUUUCUUGGAAUGGAAUUCAAAACAGGAGAAAUUCUUUUGAAGAUGGUGUAUGGGGGACCACAUGCCCAAUACCCCCUGGCAAGAAUUUCACAUACAUUCUCCAAGUGAAGGAUCAGAUUGGGAGCUUUUACUAUUUUCCUUCUCUUGCAUUCCACAAAGCUGCUGGUGGAUUUGGAGGUAUUAGAAUCCUUAGCAGACCAAGAAUCCCUGUUCCUUUUCCAGACCCUGCUGGUGAUUACACUGUUCUUAUUGGGGAUUGGUACAAGUCCAACCACACGGAUUUGAAAGCCCAUCUUGAUGGGGGUAAGAAGCUUCCUUCUCCUGAUGGAAUUCUCAUCAAUGGUCGUGGACCUAAUGGUUAUUCUCUUACUGUUGACCAAGGAAAAACUUACAGGCUUAGAAUUUCAAAUGUUGGGCUGCAAAAUUCCCUAAACUUUCGCAUUCAAAAUCACAAAAUGAAGUUGGUAGAAGUGGAAGGAACACAUACACUUCAGACCACCUACUCCUCCCUGGAUGUACACACUGAGAUGACCGAGCGUCGAGCAUCGCAGAGUACGACCCCUGUAUCAUCUCCUGCUUCUUGUGUCGGCGAUAAUGUCGAUGGUCAAUUCCCGCCUGAUAUGGAUAUUUUCACGGAUGUCCUUGGACCCCGCUCGCGUUAUAAGAAAGGGUUGGGGGGUUGCCUAGGUUGAAGGCAAUUGGCGCAAAGAGGGCAGCAUCUUCGUCAACUUCUCAAAUGUUCGAGAAAUUGCCACCUGAAGUGGACAGCAUUUUGCAGCACACUGAGGACAUUAUGCUAGAAAAUCAGAACCUAAAAAAGCAUAAUACUAAACUUGAGAGUCAUCAACGGCGUCAAGAUCUUCUGCUCAGUGCUUUGUUGAAGCAGGUUGGUGAAAUGACUCCUGGUUUUACUAUUGACUUACCAGACCAGGAUUUGGAUGAGGACGAUGAUGUUGACGGGGGCGGGGAUGAUGAGGUGGGCAGUACUCAUUUGUAGAACUUUUUAUUUUUAUUUUUUAAAGUUUAAUUUAUUAGACAUUUAUUUUACUAAACUAUUUUUAUAUUUUCAUGUUUGGUGGAGACAAUAAAUAUUAAUAGUUGUAAUUUUUUUUAUUUAUUUAUAAAAUU